AUGAAGGGCCUCGGAACUCGUGACAACGACCUGAUCCGCGUGCUCGUCACUCGCUCGGAAGUCGAUCUGCAACUGAUCAAGGAGGAGUUCCUCGCCCUUUACAACAAAUCGCUCGAAGAAAUGAUCAGGGGCGAUACCUCCGGGCAGUACCGUGACGCCCUGCUGGCCAUCGUCAUCGGAAACCGCACGUGA